AUGUCUUCGGAGGAGAUGAAAAAUCUCCACCUGGAGGAGAAAUACCUGCAACCGGAAACCAAGGAAGUUAAUGGAAUCCUCAUGACCAAGAUGAUAAGCGAUAACUGGAACAAAAUCUGGAAUUUUCAAGCCAAGCCUGAUGACCUUCUCAUUGCAACCUACGCAAAGGCAGGUACCACCUGGACCCAGGAGAUCGUGGACAUGAUCCAGAAUGACGGGGAUCUGCAGAAGUGUCAGCGGGCCAACACUUUUGACCGGCACCCUUUCAUCGAGUGGGCGCUCCCCCCGCCCCUCAGCUCAGGUCUGGAUCUCGCCAACAUGAUGCCUUCUCCGAGGACUCUGAAGACGCACCUGCCUGUUCAGAUGAUCCCACCUUCCUUCUGGAAAGAGAACACAAAGAUCAUCUAUGUGGCCAGAAAUGCCAAGGACUGCCUGGUAUCCUACUACCACUUCUCAAGAAUGAAUAAGAUGGUGCCAGACCCUGGCUCCUGGGAGGAGUAUGUUGAGACCUUCAAAGCUGGAAAAGUGCUGUGGGGCUCCUGGUACGACCACGUGAAGGGCUGGUGGCACGCCAAGGACCAGCAUCGCGUCCUCUACCUCUUCUAUGAGGACAUGAAGGAGGAUCCAAAGCGGGAAAUUCGGAAGAUCCUGAAGUUCCUGGAGAAAGAGGUGUCGGAGGAAGUUCUGGACAAAAUCAUCCAUCACACGUCCUUUGAGGUCAUGAAAGAGAACCCGAUGGCCAACUACACCACGCUGCCCACCAGCAUCAUGGACCACUCCAUCUCCCCCUUCAUGAGGCGAGGGGUCGUCGGGGAUUGGAAGAACCACUUCACCGUGGCCCAGAAUGAGAGAUUUGAUGAUGAUUACAGGAAGAACAUGGCUGACACCACUCUAACUCUCCACUUUCGAUUCUCGUAA